GACGCGCCGGCGUCAGCCGCUGUGAGCUCCGGCGUGGGUUGGCAACACCCAAGACUGGUCUGCGAAGAGGCUGCAGUUAGUGGUGUCGAGCUUCUUUCGAUCACAGUAAGACUGACGCCGAGUUGACCCGGGCUUGAUCUGGUGGUACGUGGUGUCCGUGGCUGCAGCAUGGCAGGGGUUCUGAGAGGUCUGCUAAGUCGCAGCCUAGUCCGCCAGCCGAAACACGAGAGCCAGGUCUCCGUGAUCAGCGGACCCACCAGCGUCACCCAUACCAUCCACGUGGGCAUGAACGCGGACGGCGUGCUGGAGGGCCUCCCGGAACCGUGGCAGCGGUUCAUCGACAAGUUCCUCAGCAAGGAGGAACAAAGAGAAAACCCAUAUGCGGCAAUCAGUGCGCUGAAGUUUUACAACAGCAAAUUCGGCGAGAAAAGCAAAAGGGAUGCGGCGUUCAAACCCUUAAUCACCGAGGACGCAAUCAACGAAGAAGUCCAGGAAAAUGAGGACAACGCUGGAGAGUCGGCUUCUGCACCGGGACCAUCCGCGAACCCAUCCGAGCUUCCUGUCGCGUGUGGACCCAGGAGCAAUGCGCAGAAGAUGAGUCCCGUACCGGCGCCGUGCCGCCGGCCCCACCGAAGCGCACCACUCACGGACCGCGAGGUGUACACCCAUCUGCGGCUGGCCUGCGCCACUGGCCAGCCCGAGGACCACUUGAUCCUCGACAAGCAGCUGGGCGCCGGGGCGUCGGGAGUGGUCAUGCUGGCAACGGAGCGUAACGGCGGCCGGCGCGUGGCAGUCAAAGAUAUCGACCUGGCCCUUCAGAAACAGCUGGUAUUGCUGCUCAAUGAGGUGGAGAUCAUGCGUGACAUGCGCCACCCCAACCUGGUCAACUUCCUCACCUCGUAUCUGGUGGAGCGUCACCUCUAUGUGGUGAUGGAGCUGCUGGACGGCGGCGACCUGACCGGUGUGCUCGAGUUCACCACCCUGCGAGAGCCGCACAUCGCCGCCGUGUCCAGGGAGACGCUGCAGGGUCUCAAGUUCCUGCACGACGGCGGCAUUAUCCACCGUGACAUCAAGUCGGACAACGUGCUACUGGGCUGGGACGGCUCUGUAAAGAUCACAGAUUUUGGCUUCUGCGCCAACGUGCAGGGCGGCCAGCAGCGCAGCACCUUUGUUGGCACCCCCUACUGGAUGGCUCCCGAGGUGGUGGAGAGGAAGAAGUACGGCAAGAAGGUGGACGUGUGGUCGCUGGGCAUCAUGGCCAUCGAAAUGUUGUCCGGCGAGCCGCCCUACCUGAACGAGCAGCCAAUGCGGGCACUCUUUCUGAUCGCCAGCAUUGGCAAGCCGCCGCUGCCGGCCGAUCGACCCAUUUCCGACUCCUUCAAGGGCUUUCUGGACGCCGGUCUGGAGGUGAACGUCGACGCUCGCGCGACAGCUGACGAGCUGCUGGUACACCCGUUCCUCAGCUGCGCCAGUGAGCUGGCCUCCCUCAAGGACAUCAUCAGCGCUGCUCGCAAGGCCCGGCAGGUCAAACAAGGCUUCUGGAACUGACCCGCAGUGGCCGACACUCAUAUAAUCAAGUGGCCGAUAGCACAGCGUUGGGUACGUUAUGCUGUUGAACGAGGAGAAUCACGGUCACAGCGCUGCUGCUGUGGUGCGGUCGGCACCAGAGCUCAGGGGAACAUCCCCAAACCUGCCGGCAAUCGUAGACUCUCAGAGCGACUUCGAACGGAUCACCGUCUCCGAUCCUGUCGUGUGCGGCGCGAAGGACUGCAACGCCGAUGGCAACAGGAUGGUGGUGUCACCUGCUUUGUUCGCAUGGUUCAGUGCUGGGGCACUGCGUUCAUAGACGAAAGAAUUUCCGUUGAUCAGAGAAAGGGACAUUUUGUGAGGCAGGUCCCGUUGUCAGGCACAUGUCGCGGUGUUGACCGUCAAUUCAGGGGACGGUCCUUUCUUACGGCGUGGACUCGGUAUGUUGUGUGCGCGUACGGGGAAACACGGGUUUCCCUGCAAGGCAUGAUGCAUGCCCAGUAGUACCCCGGGUUCUGUUCUUACAGCGGCAUCGGGCAUCGUACGUCGUCUUUGAACGUUCCUCUCCCAAGCUUCUUUGCGUGCGUAUCUGCGUUACACAGAACACACUCGUAUGUUUGGCGUUACACAAUAAUCCACAGAUAGCUCAUCAACGCACUAAGGUGUGGUUGUGCAGGCUUGGAGAACUCACAGACACAUCAGCUCUAAAAACCAAUCCAACCCGUGUGACCAGUGUAUGAACACAUGGAAGUGUGGAUACAAGGAGUGCACCAACUUUAUGAAAACAGACUAGGCUCGUGGUUUUGCACGGGGGUGAAAGCGGGCCACGCGUGCUUGUGAUUCUGUGAGAUUUUACAGGACUGAUGUUUACUUACUUCUGUUCCGAACAUAUCCAACGACGUAUUGCGUGUCAGCAUGGAAAGCGCAAAGCAAAGCGCGCAUCAUUGUCGGCUGGUACCGCACAAUGUCGUUAAAGGCGGACAAGACAAGGACGCAUUAUGCUGCAUAGUAUUACUUCUUAUAACCAGCUCAGGUUAGACAAACUUGUGCACAUGCAUGACACUGCAUACGUCUGUCGUGAGUGUCUGCAGCACUCAGCGGUACAACGAACCGCCUCGCUGGAAGCCACGUGCGUUUACAUGAUUAUUACACGGGGCAUUCGUUCA